AUCGCUCAUCACCCUUUUGUCGGUCGAAACAGCAGGUUUGGCUGAGAUGAUUGAGAGUUCACUGAGUGUUCGGAGGGGAUGAUGGGGAAUAUGAAGAUUCGGAGUCUAGAAGAGCCUGCUGUUGGCUCCUAUUCCCCCCAAAACGUCUUUAUUUCCCUGGAGUGUGACAGAAGUGAAUAAAGGAGGACAGGACGUGUGAUAUUGCAUCAGUCGGAGAGAGAUUGAGGUUACGCUGAGGCCUCCUCUGCCAUCAUGUUUAAAAACAGCUUGAAGAUGCUGCUGACAGGCGGGAAAAACAACCGCAAGAGGCAAAACCGCAGCGAUGGUGCAAACCAGGAGAGCACAGACCUGCAGAGCGCCGGCUUGGACCCCCGUCACAACUUCACUGCACAAGGUGGCAGUAUAGACAGUGACUGUGCCUUUGAGGGGGAUGCUGUGCCUCCGCUCUCCAUGGCUGAGGGGCUGCAGCACAUCCGUCUGAUGGAGGGAAUGUCCCGAUCUCUGCCCUCUUCACCUCUGUUCUCCCAGCAGACCUCCAUCAGGAAGCUCUUCGGCUUGACCUCAGGGGGGUUAGGUCCAGAUCUUGGCCCCCCUCCCUCAGUGGACGAGGCAGCGAACACGUUGAUGACUCGCCUUGGCUUCUUACUCGGAGAUAAAGUGAGCGAGGGGUCUCCAGGGCCGCAGUACAGCAUGGAUGAGCCUGAUGACGCACAGGUGUGUGUGCAGGGUUUAGGAGUGAGCGGGAGGAUGAGUCCAUGCUCCACUCUGACCAGCAGCACCGCCUCGCCCCCCGCCUGCAGCCCCUGCUCCACCCUUCCUCCUGCUGCUCCGGGACAGGCCUUCUCCAGCCCCACAUCCACCCUGGAGAGCAGAGACAGCGGCAUCAUCGCCACCCUGACCAGUUACUCGGAGCCGAUGGACCGGAGCGGGAAGCACGGGGACGGCUCUCGAGGCAGCAGCCUGAAGCUCUGGCACUCGCACAGAUCCACUCUGGACUCCAGUCUGUACCGCGUGGAUGAGAACAUGACCGCCUCCACCUUCAGCCUCAACAAGAUCCCCGAGCCCGGCUCCGCCCACUGCUCCUCUCACCCCGCCCCCCUCUACCUCAUGCCCCGCCCCAACUCAGUGGCAGCCACCAGCUCGGCUCAUCUGGAGGACCUGGCAUAUCUGGACGAUCAGAGACACGCUCCGCUGCGCUCCUCGCUGCGAAUGACGCGACAGAACACGGCCGGCCAGGACCUGCGAGCUUCCGCUAACAGCCAUGCCUGGCAGUCUCAGUCACUGCGAUUCGCUCCGUACAGACUGCAGGACAUCGCUCUGAAGCCGCUGCUGUUCGAGGUGCCCAGCAUCACCAUGGACUCUGUGUUCACUGGCCGUGAUUGGCUCUUUCAGGAGGUUGACGCCUACCUGCGCCCCGCCCACUCCUCCACCAAUCACGGCGUGGUUCUGGUGGGCAGCAUCGGCUUCGGCAAAACCGCCAUCAUCUCACGCCUCGUGGCUCUCAGCUGCCAUGGAAACCGCAUGCGACAGAUCGCCUCCGACAGCCCACAGGCCUCGCCGAAACAUGGAGAUGGAAUCCCUCUCACACAGCCGCAGCCUUCCCAUGGUACACUGGGAGGAGGAAGUUGCCCUGGAACUCCAGAAAUGAGGAGGAGGCAGGAGGAGGCCAUGAGGAGGCUUGCAUCACAGGUCGUGGCGUAUCACUACUGUCAGGCAGAUAAUGCAUACACCUGUCUGGUGCCGGAGUUUGUGCACAAUGUUGCAGCGCUUCUGUGUCGCUCGCCACAGCUCGCCGCAUACAGAGAGCUUCUGCUGAAGGAGCCGCACAUUCAGAGCAUGCUCAGCCUGCGAUCCUGCGUCCAAGAUCCACCCACUGCCUUCAGACGAGGCGUGCUAGAACCGCUGGACGCACUUUAUAAAGAGAGGAAGAUCACUCCAGAUGAAGACCUCAUCAUUCUCAUUGAUGGUCUGAAUGAGGCUGAGUUCCACAAACCAGACUAUGGUGACACCAUUGUGUCUUUCCUCUGUAAGACCAUCAGCAGGUUCCCAGCCUGGCUCAAGCUGGUGGUGACUGUCAGAACCUCUCUGCAGGACAUCACCAAACCUCUGCCCUUCCACCAAAUCUCUCUGGACGCUCUGGAGGAGAACGACACCAUCGACCACGACCUGCAGAGCUACAUCCUUCACCGCAUCCACAGCAGCGCAGAGAUCCAGAACAACAUCUCCCUCAACGGCAAGAUGGACAACACCAGCUUCGGCAAGCUCAGCUCCCACCUCAAGGCCCUCAGCCAGGGCUCCCUGCUCUACCUGAAGCUCACCUUCGACCUGAUCGAGCGCGGCUAUCUGGUGCUCAAGAGCUCCAACUACAAGGUGGUGCCGGUCAGUCUGGCCGAGGUGUACCUCCUGCAGUGUAACAUGCGCUUCCCCACGCAGUCGUCCUUCGAAAGGGCCCUGCCGCUGCUCAACGUGGCCCUGGCUUCACUGCAUCCGCUCACCGACGAGCAGAUCUACCAGGCCAUCAACAGCGGCUCGGUGAAGGGCACGCUGGAAUGGGACGACUUCCAGCAGAGGAUGGAGAACCUGUCGGUGUUCCUGGUCAAGAGACGGGACGGGACUCGCAUGUUUGUGCACCCGUCCUUUAGAGAGUGGCUCAUAUGGAGAGAAGAGGGAGAGAAGACCAAGUUCCUCUGCGAUCCCAGGAAUGGCCAUACGCUUCUGGCUUUCUGGUUCUCCAGACAAGAAAACAAACUAAAUAGACAGCAGACAAUUGAGUUGGGUCACCAUAUCCUGAAAGCACACAUAUUCAAGGGCCUGAGUAAGAAGGUUGGAGUUUCUUCAUCCAUCCUGCAAGGACUGUGGGUGUCAUACAGCACAGAGAGUUUAUCCACAGCUCUGUCAUCGCUCAGAAACCUUUACACACCCAACAUAAAGGUGUCCCGGCUGCUGAUUCUGGGCGGUGCUAAUGUGAAUUACCGUACGGAGGUGUUAAACAACGCUCCGGUGCUGUGUGUGCACGCUCACCUGGGCUACUCCGACAUGGUGCACCUGCUGCUGGAGAACGGCACCAGCGUGGACUCCGUAUCCGAGAGCGGCCUCACUCCGCUGGGCUACGCCGCCGCCGCCGGACACCUGGCCAUCGUCACUGCCCUCUGCAGGAGGAAAGCAAAGCUCGACCAUCUGGACAAGCAUGGUCAGUGUGCUCUAGUGCAUGCUGCUCUCAGAGGACAUCUGGAGGUGAUAAAGUUCCUCAUUCAGAGCGACUGGGGUCAGACACACCUGCAGAGCCCCUCCUCUGCAGAGUCACAGGCCACGCCCUCCCCUACACAGGCCACGCCCUCUCCCACACAAGCCACGCCCCAGGAGUCGCAGCCCUCCAGCCCUGAGCAGCAGGAGGAGGCGGAGGAGGAGGAGGAGGCGCAGGAGUCCGAGCAGAAGGAGGAGGAUGAGGAGGAGGAGGAGGAAGAGCAGGAGGAGCCUCCAGAUGAGUCCAAACAGCAGCAGACACAAGCAGACGCUCAGACUCAGCAGCAGACGUCUCCAAAACCUGCGACCUUCAGCAAGAGCGUGGCAGUGCAGCAGGCCUUUAUAGCAGCCGCCAGCAUGGGUUACACAGAGGUUGUGUCUUAUCUCUUGGACUUGCCUGAGACGGAUGAAGAGGACACUCAGCGCGCCCAGAUCAACAGCUAUGACACCCUGUGGGGUGAGACAGCGCUGUCCGCCGCAGCAGGCCGAGGGAAGCUGGAGGUCUGUCAGAUGCUGCUGGAGCAGGGCUCUUCUGUAGCUCAGCCCAACCGCAGAGGAGUGCUGCCGCUCUUCAGCUCUGUGAGACAGGGCCACUGGCAGAUCGUGGAUCUGUUGGUGUCGCACGGAGCAGACGUGAACCUGGCUGAUAAACAAGGCCGUACUCCGCUCAUGAUGGCGGCUUCAGAGGGGCAUCUGGACACGGUGGAGUUCCUCAUGGCUCAGGGUGCGUGUUUGGAUCUGAUGGAUAAGGAGGGUCUGACGGCGCUCAGCUGGGGGUGUUUGAAAGGACAUCUGUCUGUGGUUCGCUGUUUGGUGGAAAGAGGAGCUGCGACGGACCACGCUGAUAAAAACGGACGAACGCCUCUCGAUCUGGCCGCCUUCUAUGGAGACUCAGACGUGGUGCAGUUCCUGGUGGAUCACGGGGCUUUGAUCGAGCAUGUGGACUACAGUGGGAUGCGUCCUCUGGACCGCGCCGUCGGCUGCAGAAACACGUCUGUGGUGGUAGCCCUGCUGAAGAAAGGAGCCAAAAUUGGUCCUGCUACCUGGGCAAUGGCGACAUCGAAACCUGACAUCAUGAUUAUCCUACUGAGUAAACUUUUAGAGGAAGGAGAUGGCUUCUACAAGAAGGGUAAAGUAAAGGAGGCAGCUCAGCGGUACCAGUACGCUCUGAAGAAAUUUCCCCGAGAAGGAUUAAGUGAGGACCUGAAGACCUUUAAGGAGCUCAAAGUGUCUUUGUUCCUGAACUUGUCUCGCUGUCGGAGGAAAAUGAAUGACUUUGGUAUGGCGGAAGAGUUUGCUACCAAGGCUCUGGAACUGAAGCCUAAGUCUUAUGAGGCGUUCUAUUCUAGAGCGCGUGCCAAGCGUAGCAGCAGGCAAUUCGCUGAAGCACUAGAAGACCUGAGGGAAGCCAUAAAGCUGUGUCCCAACAAUCGUGAAAUCCAGCGCCUCCUUCAGCGCGUGGACGAGGAGUACAGGCAAGUUACCCAAUCAGAGGAGCCAGAGCUUGAGCCUCCUCCAUCCCCACCACCAUCUCCCUUACCGGUGGAGGAAGAUGAGGAGCCCCCUCAUCAUACCCCUCCUCCUGAGCCAAGACUGGAUGACAUGGAACCCGUCCAAGACUUGUUUGAGGAUGACGACUUCCUGGAACAAGAGCUAGAGGCCGUGUCCAUUGGUCUUGCUUCUGACAUUCGGUCGAAUGCGUCGAGCCUUGCCAUUAUACGCAGUCCACCCCUUUCUCCGCCCCAUCACGACACCGGCUACCUAUCUGGAGGGCAGGCCUUCGAGUUCCACCCAAGCUCCUCCUCCAUGUCAUCUCCUACCCAUCAUAGUUACCAGUCCACCUCUCCGUGUGUCUCUCCGACACAUCAGAACUCCCACUACCGCCAGAGUCCACCGCACACCUCGCCAGCACAUCAGUCCUCCUACCGCUUCAGCCCUCCACCCAUGGGCAGUGGAGGGAACCAGGGGAUGGACUACCAGAGUCCUCCGCCAUCUCCUCUUAGGCGUGGUGUCCCGUUCAGAGGUAGCCCUCCGAUCGAGAGUGUGUGUAUGUAUCGUUCCCAGUCUGGCUCGCCAGUCCGCUACCAGCAGGAUCCUUUACCUAGUCGUCCUAAAUCGCCACUGUUGAAGAUGAGCAGCCAGCGGUCCUUCCAACUCCAGUCGCAACCUUCCCAGAGCUCUCAGACCAGCCAGCACCACCAGGUUCAGGGUCUGCGCCUGCAGCCCUCUAUGGCACAGAUCGUCCGCACUAACCAACCCAGUAACAGUGUGUACAGCCAGUUGGCGCAUCCGCUUAGCAGCAGGUACCAAGGUAGCUCCAUGGAUGUGGACAGGGAGAGAGAUCGAGAGCCGAGGCUGGUGUACCAGCCCUCACUGGAUGGCCGGUCAAUGUCUCAAGUGCAAUCCAGCCUCAGUGUGGGAGCUCUCUGUCAGCAUGGGGGCCGAGGUGGACCUGCUGGGGUUCUGGAGUCAAACUUGGGGAAAGAUGAGAUGCCUCAGCGUCCCGCUUCGGCUUACCGCUCAGCUACAGGGGGACCCGGAGGCAUGCGCUUCAGCCAGACCCCCCAGAUAAGCCGCAGUCAGUCAGCGGCAUACUAUCCAGUCUCCAAGCAUGAACUCGAGAGAGCGGUGGCGGCUUCUGUUCUGCCACCGUGCCAGCUGGGCUCUCCGGAGAUCCCGCACUUAGUGCGCAGACCUAUCAGUGCCAACACAAGUGACCUAAAACAGCAUGUACCGACCCCCAGACCACUUAUCCACUCCCAGAGCGUAAAUCUUCGCUUCUCCCCAUCUAGCGGUAAUAUCUCCUCAGGCUCCAGCUGCAAUCUAGCCCCUGGCUUCAGGCCUUCCUCCUCCAUGGCUCAAAUGGAAAUCCCGCUGCAGACUGCAUAUGAACGGAGCUUCGAUGAGCCAUCUGCCCUGUCGCCGUCUCAGAGCGGACUGUACUCGGGCGAACCUGCCCGAUCCCGGACCACUCCGUUCAUGGGCGUCAUCGACAAGACCGCAAGGACUCAGCAGCAGUACCUUCACCAGCCUUCCCGGGCCUGGCCCGUGUCAUCUCUGGAAUCGGUUAUCACUAGCCCCACGUCGCCUGGGAAUCUGAUCCACCAGGCAUCCACAGCCUCCUCCUACAGCCCGCCUACAUCUCUAGGCAAUAUCGCUUACUACAAUAAGACCAAUAAUGCCCAGAAUGGACACAUGCUAGAGGAGGAGUACUAUGUCCAGCCCCAGCCCUCCUCCCUGGGCAAGCUUGCCAACGGAGGGGCCCGUGAUCGAGACCUCCUGGAGCGAGUGAGCCAGGCGCCAACGUACCAGGAUGUUAAGGUGGCACGGACAAUGCCCGUGGCACAGGCGUACCAGGAGAACAUGUACCGCCAGCUUUCCCGCGAUGCCAGACAAGGUCCCACCUCGCCCAUCAAACCAAAGAGACCCUUUGUGGAGUCAAAUGUUUAAUAGGCGCCCAAAAGGGUGGGCAUAAGGUGUGAGUGACAGUGAAUGUGUAGGUGGAGGUUAUUAAAGCCAGUAUUGCGAAUGGAGGAAACGGCAUACUAGAAACACUUUUAAUAAACUAAAAAAAACAGUGUUACAAAAGUUGUGUACAAUUACCUGUGCCUACUUUAAGUCAACUCAAUCUGUUGGUAGAAUAGAACCCAGGUGCCAGACAGGCUACAAAUACCCUGACGGCACCCUUUUGGAGAAUUAGAAUACAGUAUGUUAAAGUAAAAAAAUAUUCUGUAAAGCUCUGCACACUAUUAGAAAGCACAUUUACUGACGUUCCACACAGAGGAAUAGUGUCUUGCCAUCGUUCCCAGCACUAAAGCGGAAACACAACUGGAAAUAUGUGUUGAACACAUUCUCUCUCUCACUUCACUUAAUCCUUCUCUCUCUCUUCCCAAUGAAACUUAACAAAUUUGCUAGGCUUUCUGGCCGUCAUAUUGUUGAAUUGUUCAAUACUGUAAAAAGUGCAAAUCUGUUUCAGAAAAACUUAAGUUGUAGUUAUAGAAGGAAAAGAGGAAUAUUUAUAAUUAAGUUAUAUGAUGUAUAGAAAUAUUAAAGCGGUUUUUGUGUCAGGUUUAUUUUGUUUUCUUUCUGUCUUUAAUUUUGUAUCUAUUGAUUUGGACUUUUGGAAAUGGUAUCAGAUAUUUUCAAAAUAACGAUUCAAAGUUUAUGACUGGAGAUUAUUAUCUUUACAGUUAUCACCUUACAAUUCUGGCUCCCAAGCAGAAAUAUUGUUUGUGCCAAAAUUCACAGUUGUAGAGUGGCAAUAAUAGUAGUUUAAUCAAUUCUUUGGGAAUAAGCUUAAUAUGAUUUCGAGUAACCCUCGCAUUUUGUGAAUAUCGCUUAGUCUUUAUUUACAAAAUGAGUUAAUUACCAAGUACUGGAGUGGCAAUCCAGACGUAUUUCAAGUGGAGGAAUGUAUCACACCAUAGACGUCUUAUGAACUCUACAGUAUGUAUACUACGCAACACAAAGUUUCAGGGGCGUUUGCAAGGUAGUAAUAGAAUUUCUUCUCUUUUUUCAGUUUCUUUAUUGUUCUAAGAAAUGGAAUCUUGCAUUGUCACAGAGAAGCAUUAGUAUAUCAAGUGAAGUAUGUUUGUUUUAACUUUUAAACUUUUAUUCGUAACUUUGAUCUGUCUGUGACAUUAUGAAGAAAGAGAGCACUUUAUUCAUUUGUAAGGAUUAUAUGGAAUGUGAAUAUUAGGGGGUUGGAGAUGUUUUUUUGUUUUGUUUUUGGAUCUGGGAUGGGAAAUCCUUACUAACGAACGUUCAGUGGACGCUGGAAAAUAACCUGUGAUUAGUUGUACUACUAGAAAACAAAUAGCAGUUAUUGUCCUUGGUGCAAUUCUAAUUUUUCAAGCAAAUGAAUGAACAAUAAUAUAAAAGAGCAAAAUUAUGUUUUUAAAAAGAUAUUAAAGAGUGUAUAUAACAGCCUUUAUAGAGCGCAGUGUACUUGCUGUAUAUAGUGGCCAAAUGUGUUCAUGCAUACAAAAAUCCUGCUCUCCUCUGCAAACGCAUCGCCAAAUACAGCGUGAGAAGGACUCGAAGAGCCUCACGUGUCAAACACAGCUCAGUGGCGUCACACACUACCGAAAAGCAAACCAGCCGUUUUGAAAUAGUGUAUUUGUCGUGUAAAAAUACAAUAUUCAGCUAGUUCCUUUUGAAGUUCUCUGCUUCCGAAUGCAGUAUUAUUAACACGCGGAGCUUAAAUGUGGCUUUGGUCAGAUCUUCUCAACAAAUACAGUACAUGGACAGAUAUCUAGACAGCUUGUCUUAAAGGCAACCAUAUUCACCUUUCUAUUGCUGUCAGUGUAAACUUGCUUGAAUCGAGAAAUGCCUCAUGGUCAACUUCGGGGAGAAGCUAAAUAAACGACACUUGGGAACACAGGACUCUGAUGUGGGCUCGUCACGGGUCUCUUUAGGGUGAUGUGGUUUUUCGGUGCAAGUUAUUUUUGCUGUACAUAACCUGACGCAUGAUUUAUCCUCCAUUCCCCUCUGAAAUCGACAUACACAGACAUUCGUGAAUCUGCCGUAUGUUUAGGAACUAAACAGAAAUAAUGUUCACACCUGACGAAAAAAAGAAAUCUGUCACUCAUGUCCACCAAACUCAACAGGAGAGUUGUGAUAUUUACCUCUGAAGGGUUUGGCCAUUCUUUUUAUCUUUCAGUUGGAUUUGAGUUGAUUUUAAUGUACUUGCUUGCUAAGCAGAGUUUCUCGUCUGUAAAUGUGAGCUUUCAGAGCGCUGUGACAACGUUUAAUGACUUCAAUAAAUCAGAAUGUGUUUUUA